UGGACUGUGGAGCACAAGGUAAUGUUGUGGCGCCAGGCUGGAAGUUGCUAAGGGAUCUGUGCCGCCACCUACAGUACGAUACUUAUUCGUGAUUUUACUGAUAAAUAAAACUAGACCAUCAGCUUCUCAGUACGUCCUUGUAAGUCACGUAUCUUCAGAAUAUGAGGCAAUUUUUGUGCUUCGCAGAUAUAUAAGGAAAAUACCUGUGAUUCUCUGUAUACAAGUAAUUAACGGGAUGGACAUUUUGCAUUGGUAUGACACAUUCCCCGGUCGUCUCUACUUGGCCGCCAUAAACUCACCAGUAGGCUACUUGUGAAGGGGAACUUGUUUCUCCGUCUCCGACAGUGAAGGAUACUAACUCAGGACUUGAAGCAGCAAGCGUGCCCCAAGCAGAAAAUACCAGGCUUACGAGCUGCCGAACACCUUCCAGCAGAUAUCUUCAUACAAAGCCCAAUCUUACACAACGAUCACCUUCCUAGAAUGACCAGCUAGCUUCCUAUAGUGUUUACAUUGUGUUAAUAUUUGAGGGAUGUUAAGUGAGGCGGUGGUGGUGUGUGAGAGUGAUGGGGUACAGCCCUAAGAAGGAGAGGAAGCAAGGAGUACUCAUGGCGCUCUGGACCAAAGUGUGUCGCCUCAUUAACCUCGCCGUAGCCUGCAUCAUGGGCUUCACCGCCCUCCUCCAGAUGGAGAGACCUGACGCCCUCAUCUGGGUGCCACUCUUCCUGGUUCCUGCCUUUCUGACAUUCAUUAUCUCCGUCCACCUGAGAUCUGCAGAGAAAGUGGAGGUGCGGGCCGUGACGUCAGUACACAUCGGGUGCUGCCUGUGUUACCUGGUGUACUUAGCCACCAGCCUCCUGCGUGCCCUCACCUUCGAGUCGAUUAACUUCAGCAUGGUGGACCCUCAGGCCGGCAGAGAAACCGGAAGAAUUACUAACUUCUUCUCUCACCACGAAACUUGGGAAUGUAUAGCAGUGGGCAUGAUCGUAGCCUGGCUAAAGUUCCUAUCCAUCACCUCCAAGGACCACUUAAGGGACUCUGGGGCGGCCAAGACGGAGGUGUCGCCUAUCAGGAUGUUGUGGACAAUCUGUGUGGUGCUGAUCGUGCCAUUCUGCCUCCUCUCCUUCUGCUACAUCGACGGCCUCCUGCCCUUCAUAUCCAGUGCCGCUAAAGACGCCGUCCACACCGCCCAGGACGCUCUCCAGAUCAUAGUGAACGUCAAUUCGCAACCCAACAAACUAACUGGCCCAGCCUAGCCACAGCAAGGCAGUGAUGUAGCUGGUGUAUGUGUGUGUGUGUGUGUGUGUGUGUGUUUCUGAUGAGGAAGAGAGCUGCUGUUAUAUGUGUACAUGAUGAGAAGUAGCUUGUACGUAUGUAUGUAUGUAUGUAUGUAUGUAUGUAUGUAUGUAUGUAUGUUUAUCUGUGUAUCUGUGUGUGUGUCUGUCGGGUCAGGAUGAGUCAUAUUCACAGCCGUUGUGAAACACCUGGUGACGUCAAUUAUGGAUUAAUUGUAGGACACAUGCAACCACCUACUCCCUUCACCUCCCCUUUCCCCUCGUCCUCCUCCUCUCUUCCCUUUACCCCUUCCUCCUUUCAUCGUGUUCCUCCUCGUCUCCCUUCCCCCACUGCUCCCUUUUCUACCUUCACCCUCCACUCCCUCUUCUCCCCCUCACACAAUGCUCCAUCUUUUCCCCUAACCCUCACCCUCUCCUCCCCUCUCACUCUCCCGUCUUCUCCUCCCUUCACACUCGUCCUCCUUUUGGUGAUUUACGACCUAUGAGACACCCUGUACAUCUUUCCGGCACACGACCUAUGAGACACCCUGUACAUCUUUCCGGCACACGA